AUGUGUGCUUUCUUGAAUCAUGUUGGCCAAUAUCCAUGCUCUCUACAUAAUAAUGCUGAGAAAAUUUUUCAAGAUUUGUUAAAUCAAUCUUGGCACAUUGACAAGGUUAUCAAUGCACAAAGUUUAGAUGAAAAUGAAGCAAUAACUUUGAAAGAUGAAAUAUGUGUUGGUCUUUCUCGGCAUUUUCUUGAUGUUCAAAAUAUCCAAGGUCAAGGAUAUGAUGGUGCUAGAAACAUGCGAGGUGAAUGGAACAGUUUGCAAGCAUUGUUUUUAAAUGAUUGUCCCUAUGCAUAUUAUGUUCAUUACUUGGCUCUCAAGAGUGCCUCUUGCAAAUGCCAUGAUCAAUUACAAGUUGCCCAAGCAAUUGGAAUUGCAAAUAUGCUGGUAAUUGAUGAACUUGAAAUUGGUAAAGGGCUUAACCAAAUUGGCACUGUGAAACGAGCUAGAGAAACCCAUUGGAGCUCUCAUUUUUGUUCUGUUUGUAGCUUGAUAAGAAUGUUUGAUGCUACUUGUUAUGUUUUAGCAAAUGUUAUUGAAAAUGGCUCUAAUUAUUUUAUCCGCGGAGAUUCAGCUACAACAUAUAAGAAGAUUACAUCUUUUUAUUAUGUUUUUAUCUUAGAUCUAGUGAAAGAGAUAAUGGGUAUUAUAGAUAUUCUUUGUCAACAUCUACAACAAAAGUCCCAAGAUAUAGUAAAUGCUAUGUACUUAGUCUUAAGCACCAAAACUAUGAUACAAAAGUUGAGAGAAAAUGGUUGGGGCAAUUUGUUGGAAGUGGUGGAAGCAUUUUUUGAAAAGCACAAUAUUAAGACAAUUGAUCUUCUUACCCUUAGCUCUGCUUUGGAUCCUAAUGAUGCUUAUAAUCCUUCAAUAUGGAUGAUAUUUUUUGUAUUGUGGGCAAAUAUUAUCCUCUUGAUUUCACAGAGAUUAGAAGAGACACAGAUGUCAAAAGUAUAUUUUCUUGUUGAUAGAUUAAUCUGUAUUCUGUUCACUCUUCCUACUUUAACAACUAGUACAGAAAUAGCAUUUUCGACGAUGAAAAAUGUCAAAACAAGGCUUUCCAACAAAAUGGAAGAUGAGUUUCUUACAGAUAAUCCUGUUAUUUAUAUUGAGAGGGAGAUUGCUGAAACUUUUGAUUCAGACUCUAUAUUUAGUGAUUUUAUUUCCUUGAAAGAACGUCGUGCAUAA